AUGAUCCGUUAUAGUUUCUACCUCAAGAAGAAGUCUAAGCGUGUGAAGGAGCUGAGGGAAUUCCUAGCGACUAGGCUAUGUUCUCUUUUGGCAAUCUCGGGCGAAUCUCACAGCCGAAUAUUGAUCCAGAACUCAAUUUCAUAUGGCGGUGCUUCAAGUAAUGGAAUCAGUAAUUUAACAACUAGGUCAUCGUCUUCAACCAUGAACUCAUCUGCUUCUCCUUUUUAUGGCCGUGGAGAGGCUGACCUAGUUGAUGAAUUUCAGCUCCAAGAUCAGUUCUCUUUCCUUAACGAUGGGCCAAGAAACUCUGAUUUAUACUACCCACCACCGGAUUUAGCACCCAACCCCAACGCAAGCGACAGCUAUGAUAUGAACUUCCCUUAUGCUAACUGGGUUAGCUCCACCAACUGCCUCCCCCACCAGCGAAGUUGCUUGGUGAGUGACGUCUCUGCAGAUGACCCAGCUGGUGGGUUUGGGUGGAAACCUUGCUUGUAUUUUGCUAAAGGGUACUAA